AUGUCCGCACCCGCUUUCCAUCACCCCGCCCCAUUCUCCCGCUUUCCAUCACCCCGCCCCAUUCUCCCGCUUUCCAUCACCCCGCCCCAUUCUCCCGCUUUCCAUCACCCCGCCCCAUUCUCCCGCUUUCCAUCACCCGCCCCAUUCUCCCGCUUUCCAUCACCCCGCCCCAUUCUCCCAGUUUCCAUCACCCUGCCCCAUUCUCCCGCUUUCCAUCACCCCGCCCCAUUCUCCCGCUUUCCAUCACCCCGCCCCAUUCUCCCGGUUUCCAUCACCCCGCCCCAUUCUCCCGCUUUCCAUCACCCCGCCCCAUUCUCCCGCUUUCCAUCACCCCGCCCCAUUCUCCCGCUUUCCAUCACCCCGCCCCAUUCUCCAGCUUUCCAUCACCCCGCCCCAUUCUCCCUCCUUCCAUCACCCCACCCCAUUCUCCCUCCUUCCGUCACCCCACCCCAUUCUCGCGCUUGCCAUCAUCCCGCCCCAUUCUCCUGCUUUCCAUCACCCCGCCCCAUUCUCCCGCUUUCCAUCACCCCGCCCCAUUCUCCCGCUUUCCAUCACCCCGCCCCAUUCUCCCUCCUUCCAUCACCCCGCCCCAUUCUCCCGCUUUCCAUCACCCCGCCCCAUUCUCCCGCUUUCCAUCACCCCGCCCCAUUCUCCCGCUUUCCAACACCCCGGCACAUUUUCCCGCUUUCCAUCACCCCGCCCCAUUCUCCCGCUUUCCAUCACCCCGCCUCAUUCUCCCGCUUUCCAUCACCCCGCCCCAUUCUCCCGCUUUCCAUCACCCCGCCCCAUUCUCCCGCUUUCCAACACCCCGGCACAUUCUCCCGCUUUCCAUCACCCGCCCCAUUCUCCCGCUUUCCAUCACCCCGCCUCAUUCUCCCGCUUUCCAUCACCCCGCCUCAUUCUCCCGCUUUCCAUCACCCCGCCCCAUUCUCCCGCUUUCCAUCACCCCGCCCCAUUCUCCCGCUUUCCAACACCCCGGCACAUUCUCCCGCUUUCCAUCACCCGCCCCAUUCUCCCGCUUUCCAUCACCCCGCCUCAUUCUCCCGCUUUCCAUCACCCCGCCCCAUUCUCCCGCUUUCCAUCACCCCGCCCCAUUCUCCCUCCUUCCAUCACCCCGCCCCAUUCUCCCGCUUUCCAUCACCCCGCCACAUUCUCCCGCUUUCCAUCACCCCGCCCCAUUCUCUCGCUUUCCAUCACCCCGCCCCAUUCUCCCGCUUUCCAUCACCCCGCCCCAUUCUCCCUCCUUCCAUCACCCCGCCCCAUUCUCCCUCCUUCCAUCACCCCCCAUUCUCCCGCUUUCCAUCACCCCGCCCCAUUCUCCCGCUUUCCAUCACACCGGCACAUUUUCCCGCUUUCCAUCACCCCGCCCCAUUCGCCCGCUUUCCAUCACCCCGGACCAAGUCCAAACGUCGUUCAACGCUUUUCCCUACGCCUGUAGGGAUCCAUGCGCUUCCUUAG